AUGCGGAUGGGUUUGACCAUCGGCUUGAACCACAAUAUUCCAGAAUCACAGCUCAUCGACCCAGUGGAGCGCCAACACCGCAUCCAAAUAUGGUGGACAAUCUACAUCUUCGAUCGGAUGUGGGGAUCUAAAAUGGGCCUCCCAAUGCAAAUCCUCGACGAAGAUAUCCACGUCGACAUGCCAUCGACCAUCUCCCCCCGCUGGCGCCACGAAGAAGAACUCUCUGACUCAGAAUAUAUGACUGCCAACAUCAAGCUGGCACGCAUAGUCGGCGAGACAAUCACUAGACUAUACAGCCGGAGAAAGUACCAGGAGACCUUCCUACAGCGCGUUCAGAAACUUCUCAAAGCCCUGAAACACUGGGUGGAGACACUCCCCGAAUCACUAAGACUGAACAUGGAAGACCUGGAAUCGAGCAAGAAACCCAUCGUCUCCCUCCACAUGGCCUUCAAUCAAUGCGUGAUCUUAACUACGCGCCCAACGCUACUACACCUCCUAAUAACACUGAGCAAAAAAAGCAAACCCCACCCCAACGCCGUCAAUAAUACUAGCAAAUUCGGGAUCGGGACCGAAAGCGAUAGCGAAGACGUAUUCGUUUCCCAGCCCGUCCUUACUCUAAGCGAAGCAUGUAUCCAUGCAGCGCGACACUCUCAUUCGAUGAUCCUGACACGGUGGAUCAACGGAUCCAUGCCGACCUUUGGCUAUUUCCACGCCCACUACCUCUUUUCUUCCGCGUUGAUCUUGGCAAUGUCCAGCUUUGUUCCGAUCGGCAGUCCGACGGAUAUGACGGGGUUCGACUCAGCGCUGGAUCUGCUGCGCUCCAUGACCGAGAACGGGAAUCUGGCUGCGGCGGAAUUUUAUCAUAAUCUUGAGCAGGUGAAGGUUUGUUUGGCUGCGUAUCGGGGGAUGAGGCGAGGCGAGGGGAGUACUGAGUUGGCUGCUGGUAGAGGAGUGGCUACUAGUACCAACCCUAAUGCUAGUGGUAAUGCUCCCUCUGGUGUUGGUGCAAUAGCUUUAUCUGGGCCUUCAUCGGAUUUAGCAACAACGCCCUUUUUGAACACCUUGCCACUGAAUCCAUCGGCAUCGACAUCUACGCCCCAGCCGUCGUUAAUACCAACAACACAUGAUAUCAUUGCUUCUGCCACCGCCCAUCCUGUCCACAGCCAUGGGAUCGAUGCAUGCGCCUAUCCAUUGAGGGAUACCGUCAGCGGGUACACGACCGAAAUGGCGUUUUUAGAGCCGACCAUGCAAGAUUUCCUGGCGCAGUCAGAUAUCGACCUUGGGCUGUUGCAUCCUGUUGAUACGUUCUUCACUGAGGCGGAGAAUUUAUAUACGUGCCAUGAGUUAUGA